UAAGUUCCCAGCUUCAUAUAUCGAUUUAUGCCUUUAUAGACUCCUUGAGCACCCUUUGAAAGAUAAAAAAAGAAAUAGCAUAUAUAGAUAAAAAGAAGAAAGCUGUUCAUUCGGUGUUCAUGCCGUCAACUUUCGUAUACUCGUUUUGUUCGUGCAUUGUUCUUAAAGCAUUCUUUGUGGCCCUAUUGGAUCUAGUAAGGGGAAGGCGCAUAAUGGUAUGAGAGUUUUGAAAGAUGAAAGGAAAGGCCAUGAAAAAGAUGAAGAGAGAGGCUGUCCCAAAAGGACAGGUACAAGACGAAGUGGCAGAAAGAUAGAAGUCUUGCACCCUUCAAUGCCUUUUCAUGCUGAUUGGGUAGAAGAAAUUUGACCUCGGUUGGUGCACCGGUAUACCCCCUCCAUCAGGGGAUUGUGCGGGAACCGACCUGACCUUAUAUAUAGGCUAUCCCCAAGUCCAUCCUAUAGCUUAUAUCUAGUGACUACUAUCCUUUUCACUAAGCUCUUGGAAUCUUUCUAUCCCAAGCUGCUCACUUGCUUUGAGUUGUAUGUUUAUGGGUAAGGGGAAAGCAAAUAAAAUAAAGGCUAGUCCUAUUCAUCCUUCUUGAUAGAUUUCUUCAUCAACAAGCAAAGAGAGGUUUAGGCCAUGAUCCAAGAUUCUCAACAGGAACAAGGAAUCCUCAUUCAUAUUGAUCUGUUGCGAAGCUACAGGGGUGUACUCACUCGAGCGUUAAGCCGCGAGAGUUACAGGAGAGGAGCGAAGUGAGAGGCGGAUAUGCUAGUCAAGAUUUGGUUGUCACUCGAGUUACAGGAGAGGGACUUCGUACGACUAACUUCGUACCUUAUGCCCUUAAACGCAUAGCAGACAGCUAUCUUAUUACUUUGAAAGCCACGUUUCACUUCUCAUAUGUGCCUCCCCUAAAAGUCUCCUUUCUUCUUGACGGUUUAGAGCUUGAACGUGGGCCGUGGUAUCUGACGGGACAUUGGCCUCCCUCCCGCUACGGCUCGCUGUACGUUCCUUUAGCUAUAGGCGUGUCCAAUCCGAGAAUAGUCCGUUCCACAUAGUGCAAGGAAGCUCGGUGGGGUUUCAUACGAGGGUCCUGCGUACUGUGCCAUCGUCCAACCAGUACAGUAUGGCCAUUUCAAAUCGCCCCGCGAAGCUUUCGGGAAGAGGGGUAGUCUUGCGUUCAGAAAGAAAGGUUAUCGUAUCGAGAUUAUCAAUCGCUCUUUUUAGUGGGGAGGAAUAGUGCAGGAAGGGAGCGAGACCAAGCCGAGCCACUAGGAGAGUAAGCCCUUCCCACGUGUAAAGUUGAAUAAAAGAAUGCAGCCUCAACCAGAGAGAUCAACCUGCGCCGCCGGCGGCGCAGAACGCACUAAUCCGCGACUAGCAAGUUUUCCUAAACCAAACUUCAUAAAUAGAAUUGUUACUUUCAAAAAAUGCUUGCUGAAAAUCAAAGAAAGGAAAGAAGGUCCAUUUUCCCACGUAGUUCGUCGGUCAAACCAACGAUUCUCUUCUCAAAGUUAUAGAGAGAUCUUUUUCUAGUUAGACUUCUAUCAAUGCAAUGAAAGAACCAUCCCUUCCUAUUUCUUUGUCCUGUCAGAUAGAAAUAUAAGAAGACCCAAAAGAGCCCUUCUUUACCACUUUAGGGGGUGGGGGUGAAGGGGGGGUUUACAUACAACCGAGGCAAAGUGGUUUAUGAUUGAAUCUCAGAGGCAUUCUUAUCAUUUGGUAGAUCCAAGUCCAUGGCCUAUUUCGGGUUCACUCGGAGCUUUGGCAACCACCGUAGGAGGUGUGAUGUACAUGCACUCAUUUCAAGGGGGUGCAACACUUCUCAGUUUGGGCCUAAUAUUUAUCCUAUAUACCAUGUUUGUAUGGUGGCGCGAUGUUCUACGUGAAUCCACGUUGGAAGGACAUCAUACCAAAGUAGUACAAUUAGGACCUCGAUAUGGUUCUAUUCCGUUCAUCGUAUCGGAGGUUAUGUUCCUUUUUGCUUUUUUUCGGGCUUCUUCUCAUUCUUCUUUGGCACCUACGGUAGAGAUCGGGGGUAUUUGGCCCCCAAAAGGGAUUGGGGUUUUAGAUCCUCGGGAAAUCCCAUUUCUUAAUACCCCUAUUCUCCUUUCAUCCGGAGCAGCCGUAACUUGGGCUCAUCAUGCUAUACUCGCGGGGAAGGAAAAACGAGCAGUUUACGCUUUAGUAGCAACCGUUUCACUGGCUCUAGUAUUCACUGGCUUUCAAGGAAUGGAAUAUUAUCAAGCACCCUUCACUAUUUCGGAUAGUAUUUAUGGUUCUACCUUUUUCUUAGCAACUGGCUUUCAUGGUUUUCAUGUGAUUAUAGGUACUCUUUUCUUGAUCGUAUGUGGUAUUCGCCAAUAUCUUGGUCAUCUGACCAAGGAGCAUCACGUUGGCUUUGAAGCAGCUGCAUGGUACUGGCAUUUUGUAGACGUGGUUCGGUUAUUCCCAUUUGUCUCUAUCUAUUGGUGGGGAGGUAUAUGAAGGAACGAAACAGUGGAUUUAGGAAUGAAAGCUCGAAUACAAAGAGAACCGGGCUUUUCCAAAGAAUUACUGCUGCUUUCCCAGCUUCGUUAGGAAAGUCAGUACCCAAUGCUUGGCAAUCCUUGGUAGAGCUUAUUUAUGAUUUCGUUCUUAACCUGGUAAACGAACAAAUAGG